AUUACUUUACCUCCACCUCCCAUUUCCACCACCCGCCAGUUUCAUUUGCGUUUCUGUUGCUGUCCGUCCUCACUAAUGCCUUGACUCUGUCCUCCGCUGCUCAUCUUCUUAUUAAUUGAUUGUUUCUUUCUCUUCGUUCAUUUCAUGCCUGGUUAUUUAUAAUUCUUUCCCUUCCUGACUGACCUCUCACAUGAAUUGAAUGGUGGUUGCCUUCCGGUCCUUGCACUCCUAAACCCACCCUCUCCCCUCCGCCCCCUCCCAGAACAGAGUCGCCUUCCACCAUGCCAAAGAAUCGACCCGCUACUUCGGGGUAUGCCCGCUUGGCGCAGGAAGAAGAAGACCGAGCCCACGAUCCGUACGACUAUUCUGACGAUGACGACCUACAACACGACUCCAACACCAUUUCCCAAUCCGCCCCUCGAUAUGCCCCCAUUUCCGCUCGAACCGGCUUGGCCUCGCCUCCCGAACCGCGACGCAGACUUAGUGGACAAUAUCACCGCCGGGGACGGAGGAACUCAGGCGUCGACAUCAAAGCCAUCAAUGCGCGCCUAGAGCGGUGGGCGGAAGAGAUUGCCUCCAAGUUCAAGAUCCAUCGGGUCAAGGGGAAGACACUUGAGGAGGAGAAGCUAGAGAUCUACCACUCAGUCUUCCAAGCGCCCGAUGGCGUGCGACCGGUCACUGCCGAGGUUCUCGAAUCAGACGAAGUCGAAGGCGCUGCGCGGAGAGCUCGAGAGGAGUUCGAAGAGGUUGUGGAGAGUGUCCGCAUCGCCAUUGAGAUGGGCGUCCAUCCCCGGAUGAUUUCCCAGGGCAGUUCCGGCAGUUACUUCGCUCGCAAUAGCGAAGGCAAGGUCGUCGGAGUCUUCAAACCCAAGGAUGAAGAACCAUAUGCCUCCCGCAACCCCAAGUGGACCAAAUGGAUUCACCGCAACUUGUUCCCAUGCUUCUUUGGUCGCGCUUGUCUCAUCCCCAACUUGUCCUAUGUCUCCGAGGCCGCGGCAUAUGUCCUCGAUUCCCGACUACAAACGAAUCUCGUCCCUUACACCGAUAUCGUCUGGCUGUCCUCCAAGUCAUUCUUUUACGACUUUUGGGAUCGCAGAAAAGCUUGGAUGGGCAAGAAGUCCCUCCCGCCCAAGGCCGGCAGUUUUCAGGUCUUUCUUAAGGGCUACAAGGAUGCGAAUCUUUUCUUGCGUGACCAUCCCUGGCCUGAUCAGACAAACACUGGCUUCCGAGCAGAGGACGCUCCCAAGCGGAAGAAGCGGCCUUGGAAUGAAGCGUGUCGCCCUUCUGGGAUGCAUUCGGAUGAUGAAGAUGAAGAAGAAUACCACGAUGGUCAAACGCGCACUCCAUCGCCACGCGAGGAAAGCAGAGAGCGGCGUUUCUACUGGACGGAAACUUUGAAGCAGUCAUUUAGGGAAGAGCUGGAGAAGCUCGUUAUCCUGGACUAUAUCAUGCGCAACACCGACCGAGGUUUAGAUAACUGGAUGAUCAAGAUCGAUUGGAGAACCGAGGAAGUCUCUAUCGUCGCCGACCCACCAAAGCCCAAUGGAGUGCAACAGCAGCAGCAAGAUGAUGACGAUGACAUGCCUCCUGCGCGCCCAGUACCGGUCAAUGCGGACGGGGCGACAACUGCGCCUCACCCCUACCGAAGACGUGAGACAAUGCUCGCCGUGAGUCGCACGGGCACUCCCUUGAACACAACCGAGCCUCAUGCAACCAUCCAAAUCGGUGCCAUUGACAAUAGUUUGUCGUGGCCAUGGAAACAUCCUGAUGCAUGGCGGAGCUUCCCUUUCGGCUGGCUGUUCCUUCCCGUAUCCUUGAUCGGUCAACCUUUUUCGCAGAAGACUCGUGAUCAUUUCCUACCUCUCUUGACCUCGACCGCCUGGUGGAGUGGCACGCAGAUGGCCUUGCGGCGGGUAUUUUCGCAGGAUGACGACUUCAAGGAGAGCAUGUUUGCGAGACAAAUUGCUGUAAUGAAAGGCCAGGCAUGGAAUGUGGUAGAGACCUUGAAGCACUCAGACCACGGCCCACUCGAACUGACGAGAAGAACGCGUGUCUGUGUCUGGGAUGAUCUUGUGGAUGUGCCGGUUGCCAUCCCCCUCCGUGGCCCCUCAACGGAGGCACAGAGACGAAAAGUGAAGAGCUACGAAACUUACGAUAAACAUAGCACUUAUGACCCCGAUAACGAGGAAAUGGACAUUGGUGCCUCCAUGUCCCUGGGCUCAGGUCCCGAGGUCGAUCUUCUCGGGCUCAGUUCCCCUCCGAACGAGCUGCCAAACCCCAACCGGUUCGAACUCUCCAGAGGCCGUGGCUCCGCAUCCGGCCAUGGCAGGGCGAUGUCCGGAAGUCCAGUCACUAUGGAUGACAGAUAUGGCCGUGACAGUAUUGACGAGCUGAGCCAUGGCAGAAACCUGGAACGCAGCUGGGCGACGCUCCCUCCCCGGUCAGGUCCUCGACACCAGAAACACAGUUCAAUCUCUAGUAACCGCGGCCAAGCCCAUCUGCUCUGGAGCAGCGAUGAUCUCGAAGGUGAUCUCGGAUAUGCCGCCGCGGAGGGCAUGGAAGGCAAUCAACGUAAAGUGAUUGUCGAACGGCUCGAGGCCGUUAAGAGCAAGAAUCCGGUAAAGCGAUUGCAUAACAAGAACGGUAACUCUCUCCCGGAAGAACCCGCAUCAUCAUCAUCCUCCUCCUCCUCUCCUCACCCAGACCCCUCACCCGAGGUGGAGCCCCCGCACGACGACGAAGGACCGCAGUCCUCGAUCCUCCCCUCGAGUUUGCACUGCCCUUGCCCUCCCCCUCCUCUCUCCCCUAAUACCAAUGGAUCAGACCCGGAAGACUCAUCUCCCCCAGGAUUGUCAGCGAACCCCCCGGACCCUUCCUCCACGCCCGCCUCCCCGCGCAGUCCCGCUUCUUCCAUCGCGCCGGCGGGGACCGCCUCCGCAGCACAUCGACUCCUCAACAGCCCGCGUCGACGGCAUCAGAGGGCGGGCACCUCGACCGCGACCUCGAACUCGGCAUCGAACAUGACGUCACGAUCUGGUACGCAGACUCCUUCCCUAUCGGGGAAUGCGUUGAGCGCUUCGUCGCAGGUAUACCAGGCGGCGCCUACGAUCGAUGUGGAGUUCGCGAGCGCGAGUUCGGACGUCGACGAUGAUCGGAUGAACAUGAAGCGCGGCUCGGAGCAUCUUGACGACGGGGCCGUUGACGCGCGUCAUGGGAGUCUCAUUGAGAAUAUGUACGGGGUCGAGAGACGUGUCAGCCAGCCGGUCAAGAGGGUGAAGGUAGACAAAGAUCAAGAAGGGAAGCCUGGGCAGAAUAAUACGAACUUUGCCGGUGGUGGAGACACUGGACUGGGGGGUUGGAUGAAGGAAGGGCGCGACCAGGCGGACUCGUCCUCGUCCACUGCGAACGUCGUGGACUUGACUACUACAGAUGUGUCAGCUGCAGCAACCGACGAUGAUGAAAUCCAGGUCACCGGGUCCAAUAAUCUCAGUCAACAGAGGGUUUGCUAUGGGAAGAUCGACGGGGCUACUGUCCAUGCGCAGUUGGUCCCUAAGCCCUCGUCGCACUCCAUCUUCGCGGACUCGACGCACGACUGGCCGUCCAUGAAACUGGGGGUGCAUCGGCCAUCGCGCCAGAACGCCCGCAUCGAAGUCUCAGAUCCGAAUGGGAAGAUUUUCGGCGUGAUUGAUGCCAGGGUAGCGGCGGUUGUGGCACCGCUCCUCGACUCGUCCGCUCUGAAGGUGGAUCUCACGGCGCGGCUGGAUUUCAGGCGUAGGAAAGAGAACGAAUGGCCAUGGACGCCGUGCUCGGAGAUCUACCGAGCGUCUAUCAAUCUUUACGGCCUCCGAAAAGAUGCUGUGCUGGUCGGCAAGCACCUCGGUCAGCAUAACGUCUGGCUUGCGUCGCCGAUCUCGGUGGAACAGGGUGUGCCCACGCUCAAUCCUCACGCCGAGAUGCGACGGGCUCAGGCUGCGUUCCUGCCGUCCGUGGCCGCCCGGGGUCGUGUGGGCGUCAACUAUGAAGUGCGCACUGCCGAGGAGGUCAAUGAUGCUGUGAUGAAGAUGUUCGACCAACUCCAGAGUAAUGAUAACCUGCCUGAAAUGGAGCCCCCUUCUGUGCUGCUGACCCCGCUGCUUCGCCAUCAGAAACAGGCGCUCUGGUUCAUGACUGAGAAGGAAAAGCCGCGCAAGUUUGGUCCCAACGAGGCGGACAACAAUUCUCUAUGGCGGAGGGAUUACCGGUCCGGCGGAAAGAGGAGGUACCGUGAGAUAAUCAGUGGCACAGUCCUUGAAGAAGAGCCUCCGCAAAGCCUGGGUGGACUAUUGGCGGACAUGAUGGGUCUCGGAAAGACGUUGAGCAUUCUCUCGCUGGUCGUGACCUCGUUGGACGAAUCCCGCGAAUGGAUCAAGCAGGCCCCCGACCCGGCGCUGGUCAAAAGCUUUCCGGGCAUUCGCAAUACCAGGACUACGCUUCUGGUGGCGCCCCUCAGCGCGGUCAACAACUGGGUGGCGCAGAUCAAGGAGCAUCUCAAAGAGGAUGCGAUUUCAUACUACGUGUUCCAUGGCUCGUCCCGGACUAACGAUGUGGAAGAGUUGUCUAAGUACGACCUAGUCAUCACGACCUACAGCAUUGUCCUCAGCGAACUAUCAGGGAGAGGAGCGAAACGCGGAGUGAGCCCGUUGACCAAGAUGAACAUGUUCCGCAUUGUUCUGGACGAGGCCCACACCAUCCGCGAGCAGAGCGCGGCCCAGACCCAGGCGAUCUUCAAGCUGAACUCGCAGCGUCGCUGGUCCGUCACCGGAACUCCGAUCCAAAACCGUCUCGAGGAUCUGCUCUCCGUCACGAAAUUCCUGGGUCUCUAUCCGUACGACGACCGCGCCCGUUUCGGCAUGCACAUCCUGAGUCGUUUCAAGACGGGCGAUGCUACGGUCCUAGCCAGUCUGCGAGUACUUGUUGAUUCGUUCACGCUGCGGCGAGUCAAGGAUAAGAUCGACCUUCCCCCGCGGCAAGAUAUGAUCAUCAUGUUGAACUUCUCCGAGAAGGAGCGGCAGCUGCACGAGUUCUUCCGCAAGGAGUCGAACGUGAUGAUGCGGGUGAUCGCGGGCGAGGAGAAGUCGAAGAUGAAGGGCCGCAUGUACCACCACAUCCUGAAAGCGAUGAUGAUCCUGCGUCAAAUCAGCGCGCACGGCAAAGAGCUUCUGGACCCGGACGACCGCCAGCGGAUCAAGGGGAUGAGCGUGCACGACGCGAUCGAUCUAGAAGAAGGGGCGGGCGAUAGCAGCGGCGCCACCGACAAGAAGGCAUACGAGAUGUUCACGCUCAUGCAGGAAUCCUCAGCGGACACGUGUGCCACGUGCGGGAAACGCCUCGAGGAGCCCAGCGCGGACAACGGCGCGGUCGACCGCCAGGCGGCCGUGGCCAUUGUGCUCCCUUGCUUCGACGUGCUCUGCCCGGACUGCUUCGCGGGGUGGACCCCUGCAUUCGAGCAAGCGCAGACGAGCCGCAUCCCAAACAUCCGGUGCCAGGUGUGCGACGGCUGGAUCCCGGCGGCGUACUCGCUCAUCACCGUGGGCGGGCUACACGACUACCUGGUGGAGCAAGCGCACGCCAAGCAGAGUCGCAAGCACGCGAAGACGCUGGGCGAGUACGAGGGCCCGCACACCAAGACCAACGCGCUGAUCUCGCAGCUGCUGGCCACGGCGGAGGAGAGUCAGAGCCAGACCCAGGGCCAGGCGCGCCCCUACAAGAGCGUGGUUUUCUCGGCCUGGACGUCGCACCUGGACCUGAUUGAGAUCGCGCUGCGCGACAACGGGCUGACCGGCUUCACGCGCCUGGACGGCACCAUGACGCUGUCGGCGCGGCACAAAGCCCUUGAGGAGUUUCAGCACAACGACGCCAUCACCGUGCUGCUGGCUACCAUCGGCGCCGGCGGCUACAACCCGGCGGCCGUGGCGCAGGCCGUCGACCGCUUCAUCAUGACCGGCAGCAUCGAGGAGAAGAUCUUCGAGCUGGCUAAGAAAAAGCAGCAGCUGGCCGACCUGAAGGUGCAGGAGCAGCGCAUGCGUGAAUACCGGAGUUUAUUCAAGUGAUUUAUUUCUUCUUUUUUGUGUCUGUUCUAUACCCGGGGUUUGUUCAUUAUUGGCUGGCUUUGCAAAGAGGGAAGGACAUCUAUCUAAUCUGGCGUUUUUCUAUUCCGUGGUUAUUUCGUUAUGGGUUAUGCAAUAAGGUGGGUCGGAUCUAAACGGCAUCCAUAUACAGAGACACACAAGAGAAAGCUACACAGCGAGGGACG